AUGGAAGAUUUCUAUGAACCGCCACGUAAAAGACCGGCGAUAAAGUUGGAAAAGCGUUUGAUUGUAGUGCUUGAAAGAGCCUCACUGGAAAGUGUGAAAGUAGGGAAGGAAUAUCAACUGUUGAAUUGUGAUCGUCAUAAGGGGAUAGCAAAAAAGUUCAAGCGAGAUAUUUCAACGUGUCGUCCAGAUAUAACACACCAAUGUCUGUUGAUGCUGAUGGACAGCCCACUGAAUCGAGCUGGCCUGUUGCAAGUCUUCAUCCGAACCGAAAAAAAUAUUCUCAUCGAAAUCAAUCCUCAGACUAGGAUUCCGAGAACUUUUGAUCGUUUCUGUGGCCUUAUGGUUCAGUUACUUCAGAAGUUCAGUAUCCACGCUCUCGAUGGGAAUGUGAAGCUUUUGAAAGUUAUAAAAAACCCCAUUACUGACCACUUCCCGAAUGGUUGUAUGAAGAUAGGAACGUCGUUCUCUGCUGAAGUCGUACAAGAUCCAACGUCGGUUAUGACAUCAACGACUAACAAUGAUGAUGAUGAUGCUCCGAUUGUUUUUGUGGUUGGGGCUAUCUCUAGAGGAUCAAUUGAUGUUGAUUAUGUAGAGAAGACAAUAUCUCUUAGCAGUUAUCCUCUGUCGGCUGCUCUAACGUGUGCCAAGCUGUGUGGUGCCUUUGAGAGGAGGUGGAAUGUUUUGUGA